AUGGACUUUUCCCCGGCUCCUUCUAUUUGGAUCACGUGGAUGGACAGUAUCGACGUUCAUACAAACAAGUGCCUCCCGAUUGAUGCCGGUGCACACGUACAACUCGCGUCAGUCAAAUCCACACACGCAUUGGAUUGGGAGCAUCACGGAUUUUUAUGGUUCCUUUUACAUCCCACGGCGAAUUUUGUGAUUCAUUUCGGCUGCACAGUGUGCUUUUUCCUACUCGCUCUGCAUUCGCAUCCCUUGAAGUCGCGCCGCGAUGCAACCUAUGUGUUUAUUCACCUUUGA